UUAAUUUAACUUAACUGUUCACAACAUCAAAUAAAAUGGGUCAAAUAAAAUCACCAGCUGAGAAGUCAAAUAGACUUUUUUGGAUUAAACCAGUAGAUGCGUGAAAAUGAAUUCCAACCAAAGGUGACGAAAACAUGUUUCUCCUGUUGAACAAGCUGCGUGGACGUCAUUGUGUUUGCUAAAGCCAUUCACUGAACUAAUGCAUUGAGAAUGAAAUGAAAGGAGCAGAGACGUUCGACCAACUGACAAGCUCUAUGUAAAGCAGAGCUCCAUUGGCUGUGUGGAGGAUCUGAGAUGAGAAGGUGUCUUUGGUUGGCGUUUGGCGCUGAGGCAUGUCUUUAAGAGCGUCUCCUUUCCCCAAUUUCUUUCUGGAAGGUCUCCAUGCGGUAGGAUGGGGUCUGAUCUUCCCUUGUUUCUGGUUCCUGGACCGUCUUCUGGCCACCUGCAUCUCCACCAGUCUGGAGCGCAUGUGGCGGCGCGAAAUGGAGUGCUACCUCCACCCGCUUCAGGUCGUCUUCGGGUCCGUCCUCUUCUUCAUCCUGUUCAUAAUCUCCACACCGUUCGCCCUGCUAGGGUUCAUACUGUGGGCUCCGCUGCAGGCCGUACGCCGGCCGUUCGCGUACCACCAUCAAGAGCAGAUCAUUCCCAUGGAGAAUCGCAACGCUAGAUGGGAAGAGACGGGGAAAGUCAGCUUCGGGUUUUUGACGGGAAACCUGUGCUUGCUUCCCGACGGCAUCGCACGCUUCAACAACCUCGGGCACACGCAAAAACGUGCGGUGUACAUCGGUAAAAGCAUGGUUCAGGGCAUCACGCGCCCUCACAUCCGUAUCUUCGUCGAUUCUCCCAGCAGCUGCGGAACGGUUACUCCGUCCAGCAGUUUGAUCCCACAACCGGCACCGUCCUCGUAUGGAUCCGUAGAUGUUUCUGCAGCCAAUCAGACGGAAGAUGUACCUGAAACCGACGGCCUUCCCAAACCCAACUCCAAUCAGAACUCCAACCAGCACAAGAAUCCACCUCAGACGCUCUUACGGGACGCAGAUGUGCCGUUGGAAGUGUCCGCUCUGUUUCCGUCCUCCGUGGACGUCGUGUGUCUCCAGGAGGUUUUCGAUAAAAGAGCCGCUCUGAAGCUCGCGGGGGCUCUCGGUCCGCUCUACGGACAUGUGCUCUACGACGUCGGUGGUUACGCUUGUCAACCUGCUGGAACGUGCUCGUCUUUUAAGUUUUUUAACAGCGGUUUGUUCUUGGCUAGUCGCUAUCCCGUGAUGGAGGCUGAGUAUCACUGCUUUCCAAAUGGUCGGGGAGAAGAUGCUCUGGCUGCCAAAGGCCUGCUCGCCGUAAAGGUGGAAAUCGGCUUACGAAAAGACGAGAAGAAAAUGGUCGGGUAUAUUAACUGCACUCACCUGCACGCUCCUGAAGGGGACGGAGAGAUUCGUGUUGAGCAGCUGAACAUGUUGACCAAAUGGAUCAAUGAGUUCCAGGCAGUGACCAGACGAGACGAUGAGCUGGUGAUGUUUGAUGUGCUUUGUGGCGACUUUAACUUUGACAACUGCUCUCCUGACGACAGGCUGGAGCAAAGCCACAGUGUGUUUGAGGACUAUACGGAUCCCUGCAGAGCCGGAGCCGGGAGAGAGAAGCCCUGGGUCAUCGGAACCCUGUUGGAACAGCCGACGCUCUACGAUGAGAACGUACGGACACCAGACAACCUGCAGCGGACUCUAGAGACCGAAGAACUGCGUAAGGACUAUAUUUCUCCACCGGUGGCCAUCGCAGGUGUUCCUCUGGUGUAUCCCGAGCCCGAUCAGCCCUGGAUCGGCCGACGCAUCGAUUACCUCCUGUAUCGAGAAAGCCCCGUCUCCAGUCGCUGCAAAACCGAGCUGGAGGAGUUCACGUACGUGACUCAGUUGGCCGGACUGACGGAUCACAUUCCUCUGGGGUUCAGACUCUCCGUCUCUCUGGAUUCACACGCGGUGUAGAGAUGUUUGCUGUCUAAUGGAGCGACCGAUGACACUUUAAAAUAUCCAUGAGAAAUGAAAUGCUGUAGAAGAAUAGUUCACCCAGAAACGGCGGAAUCAUUUUUGGGUGAACAAAACAAUAAAAAGGGAGGCGUAUCAUUUUCUUAAACGCUUGCCAUGUGGAGAAACACCAAAUAUCACUGAAUGAAUCACUGUCUGAUCAAAGCAAUAGUUCCGACACUCGUUCCUAUGCAUCUCUUCUGUACAGUGCCAGUAAUCUGAGUCGAUCUAAAGUUAGAUGCCACACAUAUAGGGGUAAAUUCUGUUUUUUUUAAUGACACGUUUUUUUGUUUUUUGUUUUUUCAUGACAACACAGAAAUGAUUUUGGAAAUAUAUUUUAAUAAAAGGUAGUUUUUUU